AUGUGGACGACUGUCUUAGCUUACAUUGUCGGCUGGUAUGUUUGUGCUAUAUCUUUGUCGGUGUACAACAAAUGGAUGUUCGAUCCAAUAAAUGGACUUGGAGUUGAAUACCCAGUUCUCCUGACAGCAUUCCAUCAAACAACCCUAUGGGUACUUUCAGCAUUAUACAUUGUGAUUCAUGAGAAAUUGAAUCCUGCAUCCGCACAACAUAGAAAAUCUCCAGUGGUUCAAAAUCAUAAUAAUGACUGGAAAUUCUACAUGAAAUAUAUCAUUCCAACUGCUGUAGCGACCGCAGGUGAUAUUGGGUUUAGUAAUGCAUCAUUUAAAUUUGUACCGUUGACGGUAUAUACUAUUAUUAAAUCAUCAAGCAUUGCAUUUGUCUUAUUAUUCAGUUGUAUAUUUAAGUUAGAAAAAUUCCAUUGGAAAUUAGGUGUAAUUGUUUUGGUAAUGUUCUUUGGAGUCGUUAUGAUGGUUUAUAGACCUAACGAUGGUAGUAGUGAUAAUGAUCAAACUCAGGCUCUCAUCAUAUUUGGUAGUCUAUUAGUCUUAGCAAGUAGUUGUCUUUCUGGUUUAAGAUGGGUUUACACUCAACUAAUAUUAAAGAAGACCGUCUCGUUGACUGUACCAAUUAGAGAUGAAGAAAAUAAUAAUAAUAGUAAUAAUAAUACCAACCAAAAUGAUGAAUAUCCUGUUGAGAAAAGUGAUGAAAAACCACAUCCAAUUUAUACAAUUCAUCAAUUGGCACCAAUUAUGGGUGCAACACUUAUUAUAACGUCAUUAAUCAUCGAGAGACCAUUGCCUGGUAUUUUUAAAUCCAACCUCUUUAAAGUUGAAUUCAACAGCAAUAAAGAAACAAAUUUUGGUUCUAUAAGUAGAGGAAUAUUUUUAAUGAUUCUUCCAGGUAUUGAUGUCUUUGUUCUUACUUUCUGUGAAUUCGGUAUUUUACAAUUAACAAAAGUGUUGACAUUAUCUAUUGCGGGUAUUGUCAAAGAAGUACUAACUAUCUUAACUGGUAUGAUCUUUUUACAUGAGAGAAUCAGCGGCGUAUAUAACUGGAUUGGUAUGACUAUUGUUCUAUUAGAUGUUGUCUACUACAAUCAUUUCAGAUACAGACAAAAACAAGAAAAUGAGUACAUAAAACUUUCAUCCGUGGAGUCAACCAGAAGCGUUGACAAAUCUGAGUCAACAAGGGCAUCAAUAGAACCUUAUUCCGCGGUUACAGACUUCACUUUACAAGAAUUCGAAAUGGAUACAUUAUCCAUGACGUUGUCUCAUACAUCAGAUGGACCAACCGGAAACCACUCAUUACGGUCGAUCGGUGAUAUAGGGCUAAACAACAAGUAA